AUGGACUCUUUCUUUUUCAUUGCUCUCACUUUCGCAUUGAGCUUCCUUAUUCAUUUUGCACAAGGAAGUGAACUGCCCCUUACCACUGAGAGUACCGAGACAAGCAGUUCAAAAACAUACAUUAUCCAUGUGGAAAGGCCAGAGUCUAAGAUAUUUACUCAAUCAGAAGAUUUGGAGAGCUGGUACCAUUCAUUCAUGCCACCUACUAUUAUGAGCUCCAACGAACAGCCACGAAUGAUUUAUUCAUACCGGAACGUGCUGAGUGGUUUUGCUGCAAGACUCACUCAAGAGGAACUGAGAGCUGUGGAAAAGAAGGAUGGCUUUAUUUCAGCUCAUCCCGAAAUGAUACUACAUCGUCAAACCACACAUACCCCAAAAUUUUUGGGGUUGCAGCAAAAAAUGGGACUAUGGAAGGAAUCAAAUUUUGGAAAGGGAGUUAUUAUUGGGAUAGUGGAUUCUGGAAUCACGCCUAAUCAUCCUUCAUUCAGUGACGCAGGAAUACCACCACCACCACCCAAAUGGAAAGGGAGAUGCGAACUUAAUGGGACAGCAUGUAACAACAAACUAAUUGGAGCAAGGUCUUUCAACAUCGCAGCUAUGGCAAUGAAAGAAGGGAAAGAAGAGACACCAAUUGAUGAGGAUGGACACGGGACUCACACAGCAAGCACAGCAGCGGGUGCUUUUGUGAAGCAUGCACAAGUACUAGGAAAUGCCAAAGGCACAGCAGCAGGGAUGGCCCCUCAUGCUCACCUGGCAAUUUACAGAGUAUGCUAUGAAGAUGACUGCGCCGAGAGCGAUAUACUAGCUGGGUUAGAUGCAGCCGUCGAAGAUGGCGUGGAUGUAAUAUCAAUAUCCCUUGGUUCAAGAGAGCCACCUUCAUCUUUCAGUGAUAGCAUUGCAAUAGGUGCAUUUGCAGCAAUUCAGAAGGGAAUAUUCGUGAGUUGUGCAGCAGGAAACUAUGGCCCUUCCAGUGGCACCGUAGUUAACGGAGCCCCAUGGAUCCUCACAGUGGGAGCAAGCACUAUUGACAGAAGCUUUGUUGCAACAGCAAAGCUUGGAAAUGGGCAAGAGUUUGAUGGUGAAUCUGCUUUCCAGCCUUCCAAUUUUUCUCCGAGAUUGCUACCCUUAGUGUAUGCUGGAAAGAAUGGCAAAAAAGAAUCUGCUUUUUGUGCUAACGGAUCCUUGAAUGGCAAUGAUUUCAGAGGCAAGGUUGUUUUGUGUGAGAAAGGAGGGGGUAGAGGAAGAAUUGAAAAAGGAGCAGAAGUAAAAAGAGCAGGUGGUGCAGCCAUGAUUCUCAUGAAUGAUGAAAUCAGUGGCUUCAGUCUGGGAGCUGAUGUACAUGUUCUGCCUGCAACGCAUGUGAGCCAUGCUGCUGGAGUAAAGAUUAAGGCCUAUAUAAGUUCCACUACAAAACCUAAAGCAACCAUUUUAUUUAAGGGAACUAUAAUCGGAAACUCCCUAGCUCCUGCAGUUACAUACUUCUCUUCAAGAGGUCCCAACCUGCCAAGUCCUGGUAUUUUGAAACCAGAUAUCAUAGGACCAGGCCAGAGCAUCCUAGCUGCCUGGCCAUUCUCCCAGAAUAACAACACCAAUUCAAAACUCAAUUUCAACAUAGUGUCUGGCACAUCAAUGUCAUGCCCACAUCUUAGUGGCAUUGCUGCUUUGCUCAAAAGCUCUCAUCCUCACUGGUCACCAGCUGCCAUAAAAUCUGCCAUGAUGACUUCUGCAGAGAUACUAAAUUUAGAACACAAACCCAUUGUUGAUGAAACACUUCAGCCUGCAGAUAUCUUUGCCACAGGUUCCGGCCACGUGAAUCCAUCAAGAGCAAAUGAUCCUGGAUUAGUAUAUGAUAUCCAACCUGAUGAUUAUAUACCUUAUUUGUGCGGUUUAGGCUACAGUGAUAGGGAAGUGGGUAUCUUUGCACGUAGAGCAAUUAAGUGCUCUCAAACUUCAAUCAUUCCCGAAGGAGAGCUCAACUACCCCUCAUUUUCUGUUGUGCUUGGUUCCUCACAGACAUUCACAAGGACUGUGACAAAUGUUGGUGAUAUCUAUUCAUCUUAUGUUGUCAUAGUUACGGCACCAGAAGGGGUUGAUGUGAAGGUCCGGCCUAAUAAGCUUCAUUUUUCAAGAGCAAACCAGGAAAAGACAUAUUCAGUGACAUUCAGCCGUAUGGGAGUGGGUAAUAAGAGAGGGGAAUAUGCUCAAGGGUUCCUAAAGUGGGUCUCUGCUAAACACACUGUAAGGAGCCCUAUCUCCGUCAAAUUUGUAUAA